AUGGAUUACCCUCGUCUUUUAAUGUCGUUAUUCCUUUGGAGUUGCAGCAUCUUCAAAUCAUCGUCUUGGUCUGUUAACAACUUCCUAAUGAGUGGAUCUAAGGCAUAUCUCACCUACUCCAGCAGCGUGCAAGUGGGUGCCCAGCUUGGGGUCGAGGAGUGUAAAUAUCAGUUUGCAUGGGAUCGCUGGAACUGUCCGGAAAGCGCCCUCCAGUUGUCCACGCACAACGGGCUCCGAAGUGCUACAAGAGAAACGUCUUUCGUCCACGCUAUCAGCUCAGCUGGAGUCAUGUACAUUUUAACCCGAAACUGCAGCAUGGGAGAUUUCGACAACUGUGGAUGUGAUGAUUCAAGGAAUGGGCAAACUGGAGGUAAAGGGUGGAUCUGGGGAGGCUGCAGCGACAACGCGGAAUUUGGGCAAAGGGUUUCAAAGCAGUACGUCGACGCGCUGGAAACUGGACAGGACUCCAGAGCUGCCAUGAACUUGCAUAACAAUGAAGCAGGGCGGAUGGCAGUCAAGGCGACUAUGAGGAGAAGCUGCAAGUGUCAUGGAGUCUCUGGAAGCUGCAACAUUCAGACUUGCUGGUUGCAGCUGUCGGAUUUCCGAGAGAUUGGCAACUACUUAAAAGUGAAACACGGCCAGGCCCAGAAACUGGAGCUGGACAAGAGGAGAAUGCGCGCUGGAAACAGCGCAGACAACCGAGGAGCGAUCGCGGACGCUUUCAGCACCAUCGGGCGGACAGAGCUCAUCUACCUGGAGGACUCUCCGGACUACUGCGUCAAGAACACGAGUCUGGGUCUGCACGGCACGGAGGGCCGAGAGUGUCUGCAAAGCGGCAAAAACCUGUCGCAGUGGGAGAAGCGGAGCUGCAAGAGGCUCUGCCACGAGUGCGGCCUCAAAGUCGAAGAACGAAAGACUGAAAUUGUCAGCAGCUGCAACUGUAAGUUCCACUGGUGCUGCACGGUGAAGUGUGAGCAGUGCACGCAGGUCGUCACCAAGCACUUCUGCUCGAAGAGAGACCGGAACGGGGGUCCGUUCCACAACGUCAAGCGCAAAAACCGGGGACACCGAGACUGAAAGGGCCUCCCUGACUUGUGGACUGCCUCCCUCAUAAUUUAUUUCAGCGACUUCGAUUUGCCCUUAAUAGCGUGACGAGGCUGUCAUGAAUUUGUCACUUUCUGUGAAAGAGACUAAUCUGUAUAUUGUGGGUAUUUUUUUUCCUUCCUAAACAUUUUAAAUACAUGCACUUGCAUUCAUGUUUUUGUAGCGGGGUGAAUGAAUGAUAAAAAAAAAAAUCUGUUUAAAGUGAGACGUUUGUGUUCGUGACAUAAUUAUAACUUCCGAAGUUUGACGUGUUUUUUAAAAUAAUGUGCUCAAAGUGUAAACGGUUAUAGCAAUGAAGCACACCUCAAAUACACAAUUUCAUAUUUUGACCUGUACUGGAAACGUUUUUA